CCGAAAACUCAGUUUUAACUUUCACUUCCUUUGUACAAAAAUUUUCUAGUAAAAAAGUUUUCAUUCAACACGUAACAAUCGAUUAUAUUAUUUAGCUUAUUAGAAUAUGUUAUUGAUAUUAAUUUAGGUUUUAAUUCAUAGAAUUUGCUGGAAAAACGACGAUCUGUCAAAAGGCGCCAGUUGAAAGAAAGAACCUAUCAUCUGUCUGUCACACUUACGAAAGCUUGGUCAUCCGUUUUAAUGGAAAAAUAAUGCCCGUAAAAGUUGAUAUAACUCCACCGCCUCCAGCAAAUUCCAAACAGCCUGGAGUGACAAAGUCCCUGCUAUAUAACGGAUCCAAAUUUCAAGGGCACCAGAAAAGCAAAGGUAACUCCUAUGAAGUCGAAGUGGUUUUGCAGCAUGUAGACGAAGAAAAUUCUUACCUUUGCGGGUAUUUAAAAAUAAAAGGUUUAACAGAAGAAUUUCCCACAUUGACAACAUUUUUUGAUGGAGAAAUUAUAUCUUCUAAAUACCCUUUCCUCACAAGAAAGUGGGAUGCCGAUGAAGAUGUUGAUAGAAAGCACUGGAGCAAAUUUGAUUUGUUUGUACCCUACUUAAAGACAUUCAAUUCGGAUUCGUUUGAUUAUGACUCUCUCGAAAAGGCUGACUAUGUGUUUAUGAGGUGGAAAGAACACUUUUUAGUGCCAGAUCAUACAAUAAAGGAUAUAAAUGGUGCUUCAUUUGCUGGUUUUUACUAUAUAUGCUUCCAUAAGUCUGCAGCUACAAUAGAAGGCUAUUAUUACCAUCGAAGUUCUGAAUGGUAUCAAUCUUUGACAUUAAGCCAUGUACCGGAACACAGCAUCCAAAUUUAUGAGUUUAGAUGAAAUCACCAUGUGAAAACUUAAAAAUUUGGAUUGGUAUUUUUGUGUCCGCUAGUACUUACUUGUUCAUUAAGUGUUAACUUCAGUCAGUAUCCAAAAUGUGUAAAGGUUGACAAUGUUGUGUUACUCCAGUAAUGUAAGAUAAGAUGUCUGGUCUAAAAUAUAAUAGUUAUUCAUUCAGAACAAAGGUAAUUCAAAAUGUAAUUUUACAAAAUGAUUCAAGAACAACAUUGUGUCAUAAAUCUGUUUUUGCACAUACUUCGGGAUCAAAGAAUGAUACUCCAAGUGACGCCUGAUUUUAUAGAAACUAUGCUUUAUUAAUUAAUUUUCCAUCAAAUAUACUUAUUUUAUAGAUUUAGUAAAAAAUAAGUUUAUGUUGUCAUAUUCAUUUCUAACUUUUUGCCAUAGUGAUUCAGAAACUUAAUAAUAUUAAAUAUUAAUUGUAAUUAUAUAAUGUGUUAAGUUUCUUAAUAAUACUAUGUAUUAUUAUUGUGAUAUUUUGUACAAAUGACUUGCAUGUAAGUUGUUUCUAUUAUUUGAUCAACAUUUUUGUUAUGAAUAUUGUGUACAAUAGUUAAUAACAGUUACCUACUUCAUUUUGAUUGAAGUAUGUGCAAGUACAGGGAAUCUCGUUUUAUUGAACAAGUUAAUCAUUUGACACCUACUAGUAGGAACUAUUAUCAAUGUUAUUGAUAAAAAUUGAAUAUUUUUUUUCAAUAAAACAUCUUUCAGUAAAA